GCCGCGCUCGGAUUCCUUCUUUAAAAGGUGCGCCGCAGGCUCCGGAGAAGCAACCAGCCGUUGAAUCCGAGGCUCGAUCUCGGAUUCAGCAGUUCAACGAUUCAAAUCCCUCGAGUGAUCCGCUUCCCUACGGUCUUAUUUGCAGACAUGGCUGGAUUGGCGCCAGAAGGAUCUCAGUUUGAUGGUGCAAAAUAUGAUUCCAAAAUGGAUGAAGUACUUGCACCACAAGAAGGACAGGAUUUCUUCACACCAUAUGAUGAGGUAUAUGAAAGCUUUGAUCACAUGGGCCUCCAAGAAAACCUUUUGAGAGGCAUUUAUGCUUAUGGUUUUGAGAAACCAUCAGCAAUUCAGCAGAGAGGAAUUGUCCCCUUUUGCAUGGGACUUGAUGUCAUUCAACAAGCACAAUCUGGAACCGGUAAAACUGCAACUUUCUGUUCUGGAGUUCUGCAACAACUUGAUUAUGGACUAGUUGAAUGCCAAGCCUUAGUUCUUGCACCAACCCGAGAGCUUGCUCAACAAAUUGAAAAGGUCAUGAGGGCACUUGGUGAUUACUUGGGUGUUAAAGUUCAUGCUUGUGUGGGAGGAACUAGUGUUCGUGAGGACCAAAGGAUCUUGUCUGCUGGUGUUCAUGUUGUUGUUGGCACACCUGGGCGUGUGUUUGAUAUGCUGAGAAGGCAAUCUCUCCGUCCUGACUACAUCAAGAUAUUUGUUUUGGAUGAGGCUGAUGAGAUGCUCUCACGGGGUUUCAAAGAUCAGAUAUACGAUAUCUUUCAGCUUCUUCCUCCUAAAAUCCAGGUUGGAGUUUUCUCUGCCACCAUGCCACCAGAAGCCCUUGAGAUCACCCGCAAAUUCAUGAAUAAACCUGUCAGGAUUCUUGUGAAAAGAGAUGAACUCACCCUGGAAGGUAUCAAACAGUUUUAUGUCAAUAUUGGCAAGGAGGAGUGGAAACUGGAGACCCUCUGCGAUCUCUAUGAAACCCUAGCCAUCACCCAGAGUGUGAUCUUUGUGAACACCCGUCGCAAGGUUGAUUGGCUCACUGACAAACUAAGGAGCAGCGAUCACACAGUCUCAGCCACACACGGAGACAUGGAUCAGAAUUCUCGUGAUAUCAUCAUGCGUGAAUUCCGAUCCGGUUCCUCUCGAGUUCUCAUAACAACCGAUCUUCUCGCUCGUGGCAUCGAUGUGCAGCAGGUUUCCCUUGUGAUAAACUACGAUCUGCCGACCCAGCCGGAGAAUUAUCUCCAUCGCAUCGGACGAAGCGGACGGUUUGGGAGGAAGGGCGUUGCAAUAAACUUCGUCACCCAGGACGAUGAGAGGAUGCUUUAUGAUAUCCAGAAGUUCUACAAUGUGGUGAUAGAAGAACUGCCAUCAAAUGUUGCAGAUCUCAUAUAAAUUGGAGGUGCAACCUUAUUUGUUUUAUGAUUUAUAUGUUGUUCUCUGCAAAUUUUAAUAUUUGUUUGAUUGAGCAAGUGAGGAUUGGGGUCAUUGGUCUUAGUUUUGGUUAGAGCAAAAUAUUAUUGUACCUGGUUUUUUGGCCUUUACAUUUUGCAAUUAUUUCUAGGUGUUGCUGCUUUUGUCAUGCUGUCUGACACAGUUAUUAUGGAUCAGUUUAUGUUGUUUAAAACCUUUUUUUUGUUUAUCCACACUUCUAUGAUCA